CGUCAUUUCCGUAUACAGCGCCACCACAGUCGACGAGAGCAUAGGCUUUCAUUUCUAGGCCGGGUAGGUCCUACUAUCAACACAAGUGAACGGGAAAAUAGAUAAAGAAUUGGCUGUACAAUCUUUAUCCAUCCUUGCAAGUAAUCUUACCACGAGGAAAUACAUCGUUAUAGGUGACCUUAACUAAUCGAUUUACGUGGAACUGAAACAGACGGCAUAGAAGAAGAGGUGUAAAGAAAAAUUUCCAUACUCGAUGACAUUACAUCGCAAUGUCCGAUCGUUUGGGGCAAAUAACCAAGUCCAAGGAUGGGAAAAGCAAGUAUUCCUCGCUCAGCCUGUUUGACAAGUACAAGGGAAAGGCAAUAGAAUCUCAGAAAACCACAGUUGUACCACGACAUGGCUUGCAAAGUCUUGGCAAAGUGGCCACUGCCCGGCGCAUGCCCCCACCUGCUCACCUACCGAGCCUGAAGUCUGAAAACAAAGGAAACGAUCCCAACGUGAUUAUCGUGCCCAAAGACGGAACAGGAUGGGCAAACAAGCAGGAACAACCCGAUCAAAAGAGUUCCACUGUAUCAUCAGCACAGCUGCCGGAGUCGCAGCCGCAGCUGGCUUUACAGAAAUCUGUCUCCAAUCUUCAGAAGCCAGCAGCAGUAGCCAGCCAGGAGAGCACAAACACAGGUGGACCAAAGCAAUGGGCACAGCUAAAUGGAAAGGCAAAGGCAGUAGAACAAGAUGGUUUAAGGGUCUCAAACCGACUGCAGCCCUUCUCUCACGAGGAAUUUCCGACGCUGAAAGCAGCUGGAGAACAGGACAAGGCUGGCAAGGAAAGAAGCGCCUACGAUCCGUCGUAUGGGCCCGGACCAAGCCUCCGCCCACAGAAUGUCACAAGCUGGAGGGAGGGUGGUGGGAGGAACCUGCAGCCCUUCACCCUACCGCUGGGCGCCUCCUCCGAGUCAGAGGGCAAGGGUGGCAGCAGCAGCGGUGGUGGUGGAGGUGUGGCUGACACCCCGUCGCCCCUUCCUCCUGCUCCUCCUCCUCCUACCCCCUCGUCCACUUCCUCCUCCUCCUCCCCUGCCAGCGCCCCCACAGCUGCCACCCCUUCUUCCUCCUCCAUUUCCUCCUCCGACCCCAAGGAGCCCUCUCUGCGCCCCGCCCAGCCCCUGCGUCGCCCUGUACCCUCCACCCUGCAGCACCAGCUACACCACCACCACGCCGCCGCCGCCACCUACCACGACAUGCUGCCUGCCUUCAUGUGCCCCAAAGAGCCACGUGAUGCCCCUGGCACCGCUGAACACGCUCCACCCGCUGUGAGCGCUCCUGUGCGCUUUGAUGCCAGGCCCAACUUCAGACAGUCUUUCCCUGCCCCCGAGCCUGUCAACGGGGAGGUGAGGAGAGAGAACCGCUUCGUCAAGGCCCCCCCUCGCCUUGCCUCUCGCCCCAUCCGUCGCCCUGGCGACCGUGCCCCCCGCCCCGCCAUCAUUAACCCCGAAGACCUGAAGGAUUUGGAUGAUUUGGACAAGGACUGUGAGGACGGAUGGGCUGGUCUCCACGAGGAAGUGGAUUACAGCGAGAAACUUAAGUUCAGUGAUGAUGAGGAGGAUCACUCGUCCAACGAUAAGAAUAAGAUUUGGGGCCAGUGGGACAACCACCGCGAGCGCCAGUCAUCCUUCAGCUCUGGGGAGGGAGCUUACCCCCACGAUGCCAACAAUGACGAGCAGUACCAUCGCCACCUGGAGCUGGUCCACGCCAGGAAGACCAACGGCCGCUACCCCUCCACAGACCCCCAGCCCCAGCAGAAGGGCAGUGUGGCAAGUGAAUCUGCUGAGGAGCAGGAGGACGCACAUCGGCAGGCUCCCUCACGGGGCAAGUUUGCCUCGGCCGAGCUCUCGGAGGCAGUAGAGCGCGCUCGGCGCCGCCGGGAGGAGGAGGAAAGGCUUGCUCGCGAAGAGCGUCUGGCUGCUUGCGCCGCGAAGCUGAAGAAGCUGGACGAGAAGUUUGGGAAGAGCGAGAAGCCACUGCGCUCUGGAGAGGCCCUCCUAGACCCAGAGGGCAAAGAGGCGGCCCUCUCCCCCGGCAGAGACUCGGCCAAACACCAUCCGGAGUCCUGGCAAUAUGGCAGUAAAGAUGUGUCUGAGGUGCCUUCAGAUCAGGGCCCCAACCAGGACUAUCGGGAAGGCGCCAGCCCUGGCUUUGGUUACCGUAACGACGAGGACGUUGCGGAGUGCACGUCUCCCGUGCCAGACUACGGGCGUCCUCAGAAGCCUGUGGCUCCCCGCUUCCAGAAGCAGCAGCAGCAGCACCAGCAACAGCAACAACAGCAGCACCAGCAGCAGCAGCAGCAGCAGCAGCAGCAGCAGGAGCAGGUGUACAAGAUGCAGCAGUGGCCCCAGUCCGGCCACACUGCCCCCCCCUCCGGCUCUGCCCACCCCCAGCGCGGCUACUACCCCCCUCACGUGCUCGGCUUCGACCCCCGCUGGAUGAUGAUGCCCCCUUACAUGGACCCCCGCAUGGCCCAGGGUCGCUCUCCUGUGGACUACUACCCCAACGCCGUGCACUCUUCAGGCAUGAUGAAGCCCAUGAUGCAGCCAGACCAUCUGAACAGCCCUGGCUCUGCCUCCGAUGAGGGCUGCCAUCCCAGCAUGCUCCCUGAGAGGAGAGCCCCCUCCACUGAGCCCUAUCCGGCGUGGAGCCAAGAUGGCUACCCUGCCCGCAGUUUCACACCACCCUACCAGAGGCAGAAGGAGAGCAGUGACAGGAGCCAGGGAGAUGACAGGAGUGAGAGGGCGUGCUCCCAGCAGGACUCCUACGAAGAUCGAGGCAGUGAGUGCCUGGAUAACGCUGUCGUUGACGACCCCCACCAUCAGACUUACCGCCACGGCCCACCCCCGAGAGGAGAUGCCCACGAGAAAGGAGACGGAGACUACACCAAAUCGGACCCCAAAGAGGCUACCCGACACCCCAGGGACUGCGCUGAGCCCCGCGAUGACGUGUUUGAAAAGGACAAGGGCUACGACGUGGACUUCUGGAGGAAGGAUGUGCCGCUGAAGAAGGACGGGGGCGGCCAGCAGCAGUGGACUGACCCGGGGUCCUCCAGCAGCAGCAGCAGCAUCGGCCAGCCCUCUGAGACCAGCAGCAGGCCGGUCACCCGCAGGACAGGCCCCAUCAAGAAGCCCGUGCUCAAGGCUCUGAAGGUGGAGGAUAAGGAGAAUGAGAAGCCCAAGGCUGAGCCCGAGGAGAAGCCCCCCGCGCCUUACCGCCUGGAGAAGGAGGUGCUCACCAACGUGUACGACCUGAAGAAGGACAACCAGCCGCUUCCCAGCAGGCACUCGGCUGCCCCUCCCGUCGACAAGCAGCUGCCGCAGCAGCAGUACCCCGAGGAGAAGGAGAGGCACCCUGCUCCCAGCCGGGCGGAGAAGCAACAUUAUGACCACCCCGAGGAGGAGAGCAGCUGGGAGAGUGGCAAGUCUCAGGCCCAAUCCAGAGACAUGCCUGAGAAUCGGGAGGCCUCAGCGGCGCGGCGCAACAACUGGAUCUUCAUCGAUGAGGAGCAGGCGUUCGCCGGGGCACGCGGAUCAAGUCGAGGGAGAGGACGGGGCUUCCGUGACUUCAGCGCACGUGGCGGCGGUCGCGGUGGUCGGGGGGAGAACUCCAGGGGGGGUUACAGCAACAGCAACAGCGGCAACAACAACAACAACGGCAACCCUCAGAGAGCUGGCCGGGGCCGCGGACAACGGGACUUCAUCAAGACUGAUGACCUGCAGCGGGGCAAGCCGCGGCGGCGCAACGUCAGCGAGACGCUGAGCGAGACCUCCGAGUAUGAGGAGCUUCCUAAGCGCCGGCGGCAGAAAGGCACAGAGAACGGAGACGCCAGUUACCCGGAUCCCACCGACACCAAGAAGGCCGACAGGGACUCCUCCUGGAGAUCAAACAAGGUUUACACGGACGAGCAGGGGGUCGACACGCGGGAUAAGCCCAAACCCGGCAGGGGGUUUGGGAGGUCCCUGCCCCCUCGCCUCAACGUGGAGUACCAGCGUGGAUUUGGGACCAGGGAUAUCUCCACCUGGAGGGGCCGGUCGACCCAAUUCGGCAGCGGUUCCGCCCAGGAGAACGGCUACGGCCUUGGAACAGACACUUACUCCAGGCGGCCGGAACGAGAGCCAGCGAAGUAUCCGCAGAAGUUCUCUGGUUCCUUCGUAGAGAACGGCGUGGAAGAGCGCGGAGGAGUGGAGGGAGAGGGUUACCUGGACAACGAUAACCCCGAUAACCGCCCGUUGAGACGCAGGCGACCCCCGCGCCAGGACAAGCCCCCGCGCUUCCGCCGCCUGCAGGAGGGGAAUCCCAGCGGCCAGUGGAACAGUGAAGAGCGCGUCAACGGAGAAUUCGCCAACCCCUGGCCGGGCCGCGCCAAGAGUGGGGAGGACGGCUGGCCGGGACACUACCCCAGCGGCAGAGCCCACGAGCUGGGCGGCCAGCAGGCCGAGGACUGGGAGUCCGGCUCCGACACCAGCGAAUUCAGCGACUGGCGGGAGAAGCGUGGGGGAGGGGGAAGUGGUCAGCACGGAGACGUGCCCUCCGACUCGGGCCACGGCGAGCCCGGGUCCCGGGAGAAGAGGGAGCACUCCAAGCGCAGCUUCUCCAGCCAGCGCCCCCUGGUGGAGCGGCAGAACCGCAAGGGUGAGCCGCCAAUCUUGGAGGGGAGUAAAAUGAGCCGGUCGGCAGACACCCCCACCACAGCGGGCAUGGCCAAUAGGAACGAUAGCUGGCAGAAUGGAGUAUCGUCCACCUGCAAAAGAAGCCCAGAGGAGGUAUCCGCGAGUCUGGGUUCCAGUUCUGUAUACAGUGUGGAAGCAUCAGAGGAGAACCUGCAGACGGUACCAACGGAGGCUUCUGGAAAGAAGCUGGAGAAAGAGUUGAAGAGCCGCAGCAUGAAGGGGGACAUGGCAGAGCCACUCUCUCAGUACGACAUCAGCGCUUACCCAAUCGAGGGGGAGGCAGGAGGGCCAAUCCCCAGCCCAGACAGCUUCCAGGAUGCUCUGUCCAAGAAGCAGCGGCGCCCCCAAGAGGACGAGCGCAGGAGGAAGGAGCAGGGAGCAGGAGCGGUGGGCGUGAAGACCCGUCCGAUGCCGUCUAAGAUGCCUCCGCGCUUUGCCAAGAAGCAGAGCAGCCUUUCCAUGGAGCAGCCAGAGGAGCCGCUGUCAGCCAGCAACCUGGGCACAGAGAUCUGGGAGACCAACAGCUCAGCCCUCGGUGUGCAGUCAUCUGGUGGAGACUCCUGGACCAAGCAAGUGUCCUACACGGGGAGCGAGCCAAACUCAGAGGACUCCGAUGCGGGCCCUGAGCAGAAUAAGGAGCAUAAGCCGGGUCCAAUCGGUAACGAGCGUUCGCUUAAGCACAGGAAAGGCUCGGAGGGCGUGGAGCGGCUCGACGGCCCCAUCACGCCCGUCAACGGGGUGGACAUCCACGUGGACAACGUCCUGCCCGUGCCGCCCAUCGAGUUCGGCGUCAGCGCCAAGGACUCCGACUUCAGCCUGCCCCCAGGCUCCACGCCAGUGCCUGUGUCCAACCCCGUCACCAAGCUGCAGGACGCCCUCGCCAGCAACGUGAGUUUCACAAACACACACAACUGCCCUUUGACCUCAGGGCCCUACACUUCACAGCCAGCAGUGAAGAAUAACAGAGGCCAUUCUUUUUAUGCCAUCCCCAUGCUGCGUAGGGACCACCUGCAGCCUGGCAUUAACCUGAACCCCAUCUCUUUCCCCAGCGCAGACCUCACACUCAAGAUGGAGUCUGCACGUAAGGCCUGGGAGAACUCCCAGUCCAUUCCUGAACAGGGUUCCCCGGGGGGUGCAGGGUCUGGGGGGCAGCCUGCCUGCAGCGUGGGUUCCUCCACUGGGGUGAGCUACAGCUCGUUCGGUGGAGUCUCCAUGCCCAUGCCUGUGGCCUCCGUCGCCCCGUCCGUCUCCAUGCAAGGUAACCACAUGACCCCUCUCUACCUGGAUGGGCAUGUCUUCCCUAGCCAACCACGCCUCGUGCCCCCGACCAUGAGCCAACAGCAGAGCUACCAGCACCAGGCUGCGGCCGCCCAGCAGAUCCCCAUCUCUCUCCACACGUCUCUGCAGGCUCAGGCACAGAUGGGGCUGCGUGGAGGGCUGCCUGUCUCCCAGUCUCAGGAGAUGUUCAGCUCCAUGCCCCCUUUCAGGUCCCAGGUGUACAUGCACCCCAACCUGUCCCAACCCAACCCCAUGGUGCUGUCGGGCGGAGCCCCCCUGAAGGGGCCCUACUCCCCCUUCCCUGGCAUGCAGCCCUCGGACAUGGUGAAGUCACAGUCUGGCUCCCACUACCAGCCCAUGAAUGGCAGCCAGCAGAUGGUCUACGACGGGCAGAUGAGCCAGGGGCCGGGCAUGGGCACGUCUCAGCUCAUGGACUCCCAGCUAAUCCAGGUGACAAUGCCUCUGCCUGGCUCCCAGCUCCGGUACGGCUCCCAGCAGCACCUGAUCCUGCCCCAGUCCAUCCAGCUCCAGCAGGGGCAGAACCUGUCUGUGGGCGGCCCACGGCGUAUGAUGCCCCCCGGCUCCCAGCCCCCAAUCAUGUCCCAGAGCAGAGAGGUGAGGGGGGGCAACACAGCUCUAGGGGGCAACAGCAGCUCAAGAAUGAUGCACUUUCCAGCGUCUCAGGUUGACAUGAAGGGUUUCCAGUUCUCUGACAAGCCCAGUCACUCUCCUGGCAUGCCUGGGGGUUCCUACAGUGGCCCAGCUUGUGAUCUCACACAGUUGUGGUGUUUCAGGCCUGGAUCAGCAAGCCCCAGCGGGAAACCAUCAGGAACAGGAGCCCCUGUAGUUGGCCCCCUACCCACCCAUUACACACAACAGCAGAUGCCCACCCCACAGGGCAACAUGGUCAUGCACAUGCGCCCUCCCACCUCCGGCCCCUUCCCCAACCCCAUUCAGCGGCCAGUCAUGCCUGUCAGCAAGCCAGUCAUCGUGCGCUCGCCCCCUUACCCCGGCCGUGAGCCCCCUCACGCCAGCCCCCCCUCAGUCCCUGAUUCGGCCUCCAAGGGGCCCGAGGAUGGCAUGAAGACUCAACCCCUGAGGGACAGCAGGCCAGCGCUGGGCGAGGGGAAGCCGUCUCCCUCUGCAGUGAUGCCCACCAAGCUGCUCGAGGCCGCACUGCCCCCUGGCCAGCCCAAGCCGACCCGCACUGGAGCCAUCAAGCCCCAGGCCUUAAAGGUGGAGGAGGGGAAGGCCUAACCAUAGAGGACCCACCCCCCCAGCCUCUCACCAAUCCACACCCGUCUCUCCUCUCACUCUCCUCUUCCUCACCGCCCUCCUCCUCCUCUUCCUCUUCUGGGUCGUCCUGCCUGUCACAGCCACCAGGGCGGCACCUACGGAGAAACACACCAUCUCUGGAAAAAGUAGAAGAGGGGGGAAAAAAAGAAAAUGGAAUCGGACACUAUUGCUGAACAUCACAUAUAGAGAUAUAAAAAAAAUAUAUACAUAAAUGUAUACAUAUUAUAUAUAUAUCUAUAAAUAUAUAAAUACAUAGACACAAUAGUUUGGGACAUUUCUAAGCAGACUCCUCAAGAAUUCAUCUUUUAUUUAUUAACAUUUAAAAGUCCAUUUCAAGAGAAGAAUAAUGUUAAACAAGACAAAAAGGAAAACAAGAAAAAGGAAAAAAAAAUCACGUUUUCUAUGUUGCUCUCCAUCGCUCAUCAAAGCGUGAAAGAGCAGAAGGGGAGAGAAGUUGUCUGUCUGUCGGUCUCUCAGCGUCUGCAGUCCAUCCUGUUCUCCAGGCCUUUGCCAAAAGCGACAGCGCUCUCGUCUGGUGUGAAGACUGCUGCCACCGCCACCGCCCCUUUUUGCCUUGGAGCGGAACUCCAGUGCGGCACCAUGUCUGUCAUGUUUUUCCCUUCUGACAUUUUGACUGGUUACAGUGAAUGGAGUUUUAACCCUCUCUUUCUUUACUUUUUAAAUAAUCGACACCUACUUGCUCUAUUAAAGGACACCUUUUAUUCAAUAAAAAAAAAAAUCCUUCGAAA